ACCCGGCACAUUUGAAAUCAAACAGUCAAAGUGAAAACUUCAAGCGAUAAACAAACGAAAGCUGACAAGCAGCCAAGAAAUAUAUUAUUAAAAAUUGAAAUUGAAAAGUGUAUAUAUAAAGUGAAUCCAGAACCAAGAGCAAAGAGAACACGAAAAGCAAGAGAUACACAAUUAAUUUAUUAGUAAUCGAGAAGAAGAACACACACAACAACCAAGAUGCCAGCUAUCGGAAUCGACUUGGGCACCACGUACUCCUGCGUGGGUGUGUUCCAGCACGGCAAGGUGGAGAUCAUUGCGAACGACCAGGGCAACCGCACCACGCCAAGCUAUGUGGCAUUCACAGAUUCUGAGCGCCUAAUCGGAGACGCCGCCAAGAACCAGGUGGCGAUGAAUCCCAAGAACAGCGUGUUCGACGCCAAGCGACUUAUCGGCCGACGCUUCGACGACUCCAAGAUCCAGGAGGACAUUAAGCACUGGCCCUUCCGAGUGGUCAACGACGGCGGCAAGCCCAAGAUGAGUGUGGAGUUCAAGGGCGAGGAGAAGCGCUUUGCCCCGGAGGAGAUCAGUUCGAUGGUGCUGACAAAGAUGAAGGAGACUGCCGAGGCCUUCCUGGGCACUUCGAUCCGGGACGCGGUCAUCACAGUACCCGCCUACUUCAACGACUCCCAGCGCCAGGCCACCAAGGACGCCGGUGCCAUCGCCGGUCUGAAUGUGCUUCGCAUCAUCAACGAGCCCACAGCGGCCGCACUGGCCUACGGGCUGGACAAGAACCUCAAGGGAGAGCGAAACGUGCUCAUCUUUGAUCUGGGCGGCGGCACCUUCGACGUCUCCAUCCUGACCAUCGACGAGGGAUCCCUGUUCGAGGUGCGGUCCACCGCCGGAGACACCCACCUGGGCGGCGAGGACUUCGACAACAGGCUGGUUAACCACUUUGCAGAGGAGUUUAAGCGUAAAUUCAAGAAGGACCUGCGAACCAACCCACGUGCCCUGCGUCGCCUUCGCACUGCGGCUGAGCGGGCGAAACGCACCCUUUCCUCCAGCACGGAGGCGUCCAUAGAGGUGGACGCCUUGUUUGAGGGCCACGACUUCUAUACCAAGAUAAGCCGGGCGCGGUUCGAGGAGCUGUGCGGUGACCUUUUCCGCAACACCCUACAGCCAGUGGAGAAGGCACUGAACGACGCCAAGAUGGACAAAGGGCAGAUCCACGACAUCGUCCUAGUCGGUGGCUCGACGCGCAUCCCCAAGGUUCAAAGCCUGCUGCAAAACUUCUUCAACGGCAAGAGCCUGAACCUAUCCAUCAACCCCGACGAGGCUGUGGCCUAUGGUGCUGCCAUCCAGGCGGCCAUUCUCUCGGGCGACGAAAGCAGCCAGAUCAAGGAUGUUCUGCUGGUGGACGUGGCUCCUCUCUCGCUAGGAAUUGAGACCGCUGGCGGCGUGAUGACCAAACUGAUUGAACGCAACAGCCGCAUCCCCUGCAAGCAGUCCAAGACCUUCACCACCUACGCGGACAACCAGUCGGCCGUGACUAUUCAGGUGUUCGAGGGAGAGCGCGCCCUUACCAAGGACAACAACGUGCUGGGCACCUUCAACCUGACUGGAAUCCCUCCAGCCCCGCGAGGAAUACCGAAGAUCGACGUUACCUUCGAUCUGGACGCGAACGGCAUCCUGAACGUGACCGCCAAGGAGCAGGGAACGGGCAACGCCAAGAACAUCACUAUCAAGAACGAUAAGGGCCGACUCUCGCAGGCGGACAUCGACCGCAUGCUCAGUGAAGCGGAGAAGUACGCUGAGGAGGACGAGCAGCACCGCCAGCGGAUCGCCGCCCGCAACCAGCUGGAGAGCUAUGUGUUCGGUGUCAAGGAGGCGGCCGAACAGGGCGGCGACCGCAUCAGUGAGGCGGACAAGAGCAGUGUGCUGGAACGUUGCAACGAGGCGGUGCGCUGGCUAGACAGCAACACCACCGCCGAGAAGGAGGAGUUCGAGCACAAGCUGCAGGAGCUUACCAAGUUCUGCAGCCCCAUCAUGACUAAGAUGCACCAGCAGGGGGCUGCAGGUGGAGACGGCCACCAAGGGGCUUCCAAUGGCUUCGGCAAGGGCCCCACUGUCGAGGAGGUGGACUAAGUAAUAGAAUCCUACAUAAGUCUAAUGUAUUAUAUUGUUAAAAGAAGUCUCUUAUGUAGAUCUCAACCAAAAAUCCCAUAAACCAAAUAUUAAAGCUAUGUUAGAAUAUACGUUA